UGACUCCAGUAACUUGCCGAGUCUCCCCCGAAGGGUCCGGAAGGGCUAGCCCCAGUGGGGUCGAUGGAUGAAUCCCCUCAGCUCGGAGUCAUACCUAUACGAUACUUUCAGCCAUGCCAUUGUACUCUCCUCCUUCAACAUUUACCCAGUUUUUGACCAAGUACCUUCUCAACGCCUCCCAUUGCCUUCAACAUGGCCAAUGAUCACAUCCUCACCCUCUCGUGCCCCGACAAGUCGGGCAUCGUGCACGCCGUGACGGGCAUCUUUGCCUCGCACAAGCACAACAUCCUCGACCUCCAGCAGUUCUCGGACCCCGUCUCGGAUCGAUUCUUCAUGCGCGUCCACUUCGGCCCUACAGAGACCGAGUCGACCGAGCACCUCGUCGAGCCUUUCGAUAAGCUCGCUGCCGAGUACAAGAUGGACUACGACAUUCGCCCCGUCGCCCGCAAGAUGCGCGUCCUCAUCAUGGUGUCCAAGAUUGGUCACUGCCUCAACGACCUGCUCUUCCGCAUGAAGACUGGCCAGCUGCGAAUCGAGGUCCCCGUCAUCGUGUCCAACCACCCCGACUACGCACCCCUCGCCCAGAGCUACGGCAUCGAGUUCCACCACCUGCCUGUUACAAAGGACACCAAGGCCGAGCAGGAGUCUCAGGUUCUUGAUCUCGUCAAGCAGCACAACAUUGAGCUCGUGGUUCUUGCGCGAUACAUGCAGGUUCUGUCGCCGACUCUCUGCGAAGCCAUGUCUGGCCGCAUCAUCAACAUCCACCACAGUUUCCUGCCAUCCUUCAAGGGAGCCAAGCCUUACCACCAGGCCUACGACCGCGGAGUCAAGAUUAUUGGUGCUACGGCGCACUUUGUCACUGCGGAUCUUGAUGAGGGCCCCAUUAUUGAGCAGCGUGUGGCUCGUGUUGACCACAGCAUGAACCCCAAAGAGCUGUCUGAGGAGGGAUCCAACGUAGAGAGCCAGGUUCUUGCUGCUGCUGUGCGGUGGUAUGCCGAGAGGAGACUGUUCCUCAACAAAACCAAGACUGUUGUCUUUAACUAGGCGUUAAAAAGUCAUGUUCCUGCUU